GGGCUAUGGCAUUGAGGCUUCGUCUCCGCUUCGAUGGCGCUUGCGGCCUCGCGAAGAAUUCGCAGGGCAUGCUGCAGUGGUGGUUCUCGGUCUCGGAUUCCAUGGCGACAAUCGCUGAUCUCGCCGCGGGAAUUGUAUCGUUCUUCCACUUACAGCGUUCUUGUCCUUACGGUGUUCUUCUCCUGAUGGAAGAUUUCGCCCUGCCGCCCUUGCAAUCGAUCGGCUUGCUGAGUGACAAGGAUAUCAUCACUGUGAAGCCUUUGGAAUUUCCUCCACACGCGCCUUUGAAAUGGGGACAGCUCCCAGAAGAAGACGAUGGCAACAAAGUGCUGAGAAUUUGCGCUCAAGAUGAGUUUGAAAAGGAGUCGGGCGGAUACAAAAGCGAAGACGAAGGGCUCGCACAGACAGCUUCCAUCGACGAAGAUUUUCCGAGAAGGCCAAGGUCUUUGCAAAUGAAAGAGAGGCUGAAAAAGAUGUUAAAACCCGUGGCCAAAGUUUUCAAACGUAAGACCGCCAAUGUUGACAAGAAGCCGAAAAGAAGGAAACAAGCAGAGAAAGAUGAAACCGAAAACGGUGAGGUGUUGUCGAGCAAGAAGACCAAGAAAAAGAAGAGAAAGAUCGAAGAAGAGGAGGACGACAGCUCAGAAGACGAUAAACAUGAAGUCCAAAAAGAUGAGCCCAGAAAUGAUGAGCCCAAGAACAACGAAGCACAAGAAAAGACCAUUAGUAGGAGUUCUCGAAGGAAGAAAGCAAAACGUGCUUGGCUAAGAGCGAACAAGCUCGCACAGGCUGCGGAAGUUGGUCGUGAAAACACUGCAGUUGACAUUCAGUUGCCAGAGGAGCAAGUUGUGAAGCCUACGGUAGUAGCUCCCGGGCAUAUACGAUUUGAACCUCUUGAUUCUGAUGAAAACGAGAGCACUCCUGUGCCUAUGAAUUUUGGUGGUGGACUUAAAAGCAAGAAGCAGGGGCAGAGUUGGGGCCAGCAGAAGCGAUCAGGACGCCAGGAGAGAACGUGGAACAGCACAGUGGGAGAAGAAGCAAGAACAGUCCAAGAAGACAAGACCACUGCAGAGGCAACGCUCGAUUUUAACAGCCUUCCGCUGCUGCAAGGCAUUCCAGAGGAGGGAGAUGUUCUUGCUUACAAACUGGUGGAGCUAUCCACAUCUGGAACACCGGAGGUUUCUUCAUUCAGAGUGGGAAAGGUUGCAAGCUGCGACAAUAACUCGAAGGUUGUGAAACUGGUUUCAGUCCCGGACCAUCCACUGGAAAGAAUAAAUGAGGAGUCGGAAUUCCCCGAGCCUUACCAGGAAGAUGGCUCGCUCGAGACGGAUAUUUCACUCCUUGUGGAGGCGCACAUACUCCAAGGUGGGAACAGCACAACGAGCACACAGAACACAAAGACGACACCUUCUGAGAAUGGUUUCCUUCCUGAGCCAGCGAACAAAAAAGAGGAAGAGGUCAAGGUCCCUCCAACAAAAGCCGAGAGAUGGCAGAUCAAAUCCAUGAAAGCUGCCGGCUUGAGCGCUACACUGGAUCGGCUACGCGCUACAUGCCUAGACGAGUGAAAAGCUCCUCAAAGUAGAUCCGCGAAGAACGACGACGAGCCACCACCAGAGCCACCGUUGCUAGAGGCGGAGUUACCAGUCAUGUCCCAGAGCUUCAAAACUUGAUCGUGAGAAACGCUUCCCAGCACCGACUUAUCAAACGAAAAUGCCAGCCUCUCCACUGGGAAGUCCGAGUGCUCGCCAAUCACGCCAGUGAUCCGGUUUGGCAGUAUGGAAACUUGGCGGAUGAUCCCAUCGCUGGAACCGGUGAUGAGCGUCGCCUCAUCCAGCUUGAGCAUGGAAUCCACGGAGCUGGGAUGACCCACGAAGCGAUCGUCGCAGUCCUGGAACUCACCCCACGAGUAGAGCAAUAGAACUCCACUUUGCGAUCCA